AAUGGAACCAAGUUUGCAGGAAUUAUUAGGAAGAGCCGGUGGCGGAGGUGCAGAAGCAGCUGGAGGAGCAGAUAUACCUAUUCCUGAUACCUCAGAGCAGAUCCAUAUCUCCUCACUCGCAUUAUUGAAAAUGCUCAAGCACGGAAGAGCAGGAGUUCCAAUGGAAGUCAUGGGACUUAUGCUUGGAGAAUUUGUUGAUGAUUAUACCAUCAAAGUAGUCGAUGUAUUUGCAAUGCCUCAGAGUGGAACAGGAGUCAGUGUUGAAGCAGUUGAUCCAGUAUUCCAACAGGAGAUGCUCGAUCUACUUAAGCUUACAGGGAGACAUGAGAUGGUGGUAGGAUGGUAUCACUCCCAUCCAGGAUUUGGAUGCUGGUUGUCGGGAACUGAUGUUAACACACAGCAAAGUUUUGAAAUGCUCCAUCCAAGAUGUGUUGCUGUCGUUGUUGACCCAAUCCAGUCUGUGAAAGGAAAAGUAGUCAUCGAUGCUUUCAGAUUGAUCAAUCCUCAAUCUGCAAUGAUGGGUAUUGAGCCAAGACAGACGACUGCUAAUAUUGGACUCCUAAAUAAGCCUUCUAUUCAUGCCCUAGUCAGAGGAUUAAACAGACAAUACUACUCAAUCGCUAUUAAUUACAGGAAAAAUGAAUUUGAGCAGAAAAUGCUUCUUAAUCUUAAUAAAAUCCAAUGGUCUGAGGGACUAGAAAACGAGGAUUGUUGAGAGCACAGUGAAGAGAACGAAGAAACUUUGAAAGAAAUGUCUAACCUUGCUGAACUCUAUCAUAAAUGGGUAGAAGAUGAGAUCCACAAGCCAAAGGAGGAGUUGAUUGUUUCGACUGUAGGAAAGCUUAACCCUAAAAAUCACCUCUCAGAUAAGAUCGAAGAGACAAUGACCAGUAAUAUUAAAGAAUGCUUAGGCACUAUGAUGGACACAGAGAUCUUCUAAUU